AUGCUAGCCGAAUCGCAGCUGCCAAAGUCAAAAGAGCAGAUUGAAUAUCGUAAGCGUCGUGGAUCCUUAGCCCCAACACCCCACCACUUCCAACGUGUCCACGCCGUCAACGGACAGCGCGUACAGGAACCGGCCCGGUCAGACAUCUGCAAACCCGAUGCAAUAACGGCACUACAAAUUUGCCCCCUGCAUUUGCAAAUGCCUCCGUCGCCAUCCCUGACGCAACCUCCCACGACCGCCAUCACCACCGAUGCCUAUCGUCUCGCUAGCCCAUUCACCACCUCAAAUGAUCACUGCCGCAACUCCCGCGACGAGGACUACAAUUCCACACACCCCUGA